AUGGCCGUACCGGCAGGUACCGCCGCAGAUCCAUUGCUGCACCAGGAUUUAUAUACAGACCUUUUGACCUUUACAUUCUGUGGUCCGACACCCUAUAACCCAAACCAGCCACUAUUUAUCGAUGCUGAGGAUAUUUCUCGUUCCUUUACCGCAACACAAUUCCGACAAUUAGUCCGGACUUUGAUCACUGGUUUUAAGGCGCAUAAUGUGCGACAGGGAGAUUGUGUCCUGCUGCAUUUGGGAAAUAGUAUCCUGUACCCUGCCCUGUUCUUCGGCAUCAUCGGCGCCGGAGGUGUCUACAUGGGCUCGAAUCCUCGCAGCCAGCAACAAGAAUUGGACCAUAUCGUUGGCCUUGCCGAACCCAAAUUGAUCCUCACAACUCGCGACGCCUUACCAACGGUUAGAGAAGUUGCGACUGCCCGUGGAAUUGCCCCAGAACAAAUAUGCGUAGUCGAUGAUCGUGCCGUCGACCAUUGCGCCCAGUUGUUCCUGUGGUACGAACUGGGAUAUUCGGCGGGCACGGAUUUCUUUGCCAACGCUGGUGGCGAUAAUGGGCGCAACCUCAAUUUUGCCAAUAUGCUCUGCUAUGGUGAAAGUGACUGGAUGAUGUUCACGGAUCCCAUGUCGGCGCAAAACACACCAGCUGCCAUGUUCUCGACUUCAGGAACGGGAGGUCUGCCCAAGGCGGCCAUUCUGUCGCAUCAUGCCAUCGUGUCCCAUCAUCGAUCGAUUCAAUACGACGUUCCUUACCCCGUCAGCCGCUUGAUGUCCCUUCCCAUGUUCCAUCUCUUUGGCGCAUUAUGGACUCACCUUUUCCCGGUUCGCUAUGGCCACCCGCUCUUUGUCCUGCCGCGCUUUGAGACAAAGCAGUUCCUGGCCACAGUCCAUCGAUUCCAAAUCUCCGAGACGUACUUAGUCCCGGCUAUAAUCCAUACUAUCAACCGCUCCCCAUUGCCAGUCUCCGACUAUCUUGGCUCACUGCGCUACGUGGGUGUAGCGGGAGCUCCCAUCGACGGUCCGUCGAUGGUGCAGUUCCGAAGUCGUCUCCACCCCAUGGCAUAUGCAUGCCAGCUGUGGGGUAUGACUGAAGUCGGUGUGACUUUCCAAACCCGCUAUGGUCAACAUGGAGAUCCUGGCAGUAUUGGGACUUGCCUGAGAGGAUACGAGGUGCGCCUUGUAGACCAUGAUGGUAAUGUUGUACGGAGUGAUGAGCGUGCGGGUGAACUCCACGUGCGGGGUCCUGGCUUGCUCUUGGCAUACAAGGGCCGCACAGAUGCGAAGGAUGCUCAGGGCUGGUACCGUACUGGCGAUGUGGCUUUCAUGAAGCAGGGUCAUUACUUUAUCGUAGGACGGACCAAAGAACUCAUCAAAGUGCGAGGAUGGCAGGUUGCUCCAGCUGAGGUUGAAGGUGUCUUGCUCCGGCAUCCCGGGAUUUCCGAUGUAGCUGUCACUGGUGUGAAUUUGAAGGACGGUAGUGGCGAAGUACCCCGAGCAUUUGUGGUACGGUCGCGCGAUCCAUCUGUGAGCCGGUUGACGGCGGAAGAAGUAUAUAACUUCGCCCGUCAACAUCUGGCCAGUUACAAAUCGCUAGACGGUGGUGUGGUCUUUGUGGAAGAGAUUCCCCGUACGGCGAGUGGUAAAAUCCAGAGAUUCAAGCUCUCGCAGAUGAAUGACUACAGGGAGAUGGUUGCAUCAUUACUCCAACGCUUCGAAGGCGAAGGCACCUCGGCACUGGCUCGUGCACUACCUACAAGUGCGGACGUUCCACCCGUCGGCGUUGCUUGA